GCGUUGUCUGUCCCGGGCGCUCCUCCUGGGACGCCCGCUCGACUCCCGAGUCGUCUUCAAUUGGCCGUCGGGGAAACGGAAGCCGAAGCGGCGCAGUGAACCCGGAAGUGCUUCGCGGCGGAUGCCUGGGCGACUCUUUUGAAUGGAAUCGGGCUGAUUCAUCGCAGGUUCGCGGAGCCAGAGCUCGGCCGAGUCGGAGCUUGCUGGUGUUGCUGUCGCUCUCGCCGCCGCCGCUGCGUCACCGCUGCUGGAAGACAAGGGUCCAGACCGCGGCCUCCUGCUCCGCCCGCCUUCAGGAGAGAAAAAAAAUAAAAACUUGGGAAAAACUGUACCUGCCAGCAUUAGCAAGAGCUUGAGUUAAGAAGAAAUUUGUCAAACUCAACAAACUGAAGCUUAACAUCACAAGAGUUGUAGUUACUGACCAGAAAUAUGGACAGACUGCUUAGACUUGGAGGAGGUAUGCCUGGACUGGGCCAGGGUCAAGUCACGGAACUAACAAGAAGUGGAGCUAGAGUUGGAACACAAGUCCUGAUGCCAAAGCCUAUCUACAUCAACAUGUCCUCAGGGCCCACCUACAGAUGCUCCUGCAGUGGACACAGCAGAACAAGUCUAUAUCUCUUCCCUGGCACUGUUAAAAAUGUUAAAACAUGGUCGUGCUGGGGUUCCAAUGGAAGUUAUGGGUCUGAUGCUUGGAGAAUUUGUUGAUGAUUACACCGUCAGAGUGAUUGACGUGUUUGCUAUGCCACAGUCAGGAACAGGUGUCAGUGUGGAGGCAGUCGAUCCAGUGUUCCAAGCCAAGAUGUUGGAUAUGUUGAAGCAGACAGGAAGGCCUGAGAUGGUUGUUGGUUGGUAUCACAGUCACCCUGGCUUUGGUUGUUGGCUUUCUGGUGUGGAUAUCAACACUCAGCAGAGCUUUGAAGCCUUGUCGGAAAGAGCUGUGGCAGUGGUUGUGGAUCCCAUUCAGAGUGUAAAAGGAAAGGUUGUUAUUGAUGCCUUCAGAUUGAUCAAUGCUAAUAUGAUGGUCUUAGGACAUGAACCAAGACAAACAACCUCAAAUCUGGGUCACCUAAACAAGCCAUCUAUCCAGGCGUUAAUUCAUGGACUAAACAGACAUUAUUACUCCAUUACUAUUAACUAUCGGAAAAAUGAACUGGAACAGAAGAUGUUGUUAAAUUUGCAUAAGAAGAGUUGGAUGGAAGGUUUGACACUUCAGGACUACAGUGAACACUGUAAACACAAUGAAUCAGUGGUAAAAGAGAUGUUGGAAUUAGCCAAAAAUUACAAUAAGGCUGUAGAAGAAGAAGAUAAGAUGACACCUGAACAGCUGGCAAUAAAGAAUGUUGGCAAGCAGGACCCCAAACGUCAUUUGGAGGAACAUGUGGAUGUACUUAUGACUUCAAAUAUUGUCCAGUGUUUAGCAGCUAUGUUGGAUACUGUUGUAUUUAAAUAAAGCAAUGCAAAAAGCUCUUAGUGAUACUUUCAGUGUAUAGUCCUCUUGUUCCUAAUGCUCAAAAUCAAGGGACCUCUGAAGGUGUAUUUGGUUAAAUGUAAGACAUCUGGCAUCAUUUGCAGCACUGUAACACCUUCAGUCUCCGUUGUGCAAUUACUUCUGUUUCUUUAGUCAGGGUCUUUGCAGAUUCCAAAGUUGUAUAAGAAUACAUCAAAGUGGACAAAUUUUGUUAAGAUCCCAUUUAAUAUUUGAAGAAAUCAGUAACACAAAUAUAUUUUGAUUGUUGCUUACAAAAUAAAAUACAUUUACAGUCUA